UUUGAUUUCAAUUUUCACGUGGAAAUCUCAGGAGACGAAAUCGCCGUGGCUAUGGUCUGUCCGACGCCGCCAUGAAAGAUCUUAGGGCUCAGGCCGUGAACCUUCCCAUCUCCGCCGUCUUCUUCUUCUUUGAUCUCCGAGAGGAAUGCCAUGGAUUCGGUUCUGCGGAACAUAUAGAGACUUGUUCAUCAAUGUAGUUUGUCCAGGAAGGAUUCAAAACUAGGUAUGCAUUUGGUUCUCUUGUCCUUAAUAUGGAACUUUGUAACUCCAAGAAUUCUGCAAUGUUUUUCUUUUCUGGCGUGUUCUUAACCAUGACUGAUGAUUCGUUCGUUUGAUUAAUUAAGUAAUUUAAGUUUAACAUUUAUGGCGAUAUGUUCUGUUUCUGUGGAAUUUUGCAUCGGAACUGCCUUUCAGACUCGUAGCUUUCUUGUAUCGUCCGUGAUUAGUUCGAUUCUUUUAAGGAGUCCAUAAUGUGGGCACACUUAGUGACAUAUGCUUCAGUUCAAGAAAUACGGCCAUAUCUAAUCAUAAAUGCAGGAACUGUUGGUGGAUUAUAAAUUUGAGUAUCAAUUCCUCCACAUCUCCGGAUAUCCCAAACGUGUCGUAUUUCUGUCAUCUUUCUCUUUCUGGUAUUCUUAAUUUUUUAUGUUCCCGUAGAUUGCAUAGAAUGAUCCCCCAUGUGAAACUUUAUCCUGUCCUGUGAAUUUUCUAGCAUAAAUAAAUGCACUUGCCCUGUUUCUGUAGUCAUCUUUCUGUUCCUGAUGUGUAUCUCUUUCCAUGACAAAAGAAUAUCUGUACCUGUGUUUGUUUCUAUUGGUCUAGAAUAAUCAUGUGCUACUUUAGUAGGAAAAUGUGAAGGCGCUUAGAAAAGAUGUUCUCGAGCAGAUCUAAAGAUUGACUUUGGCCUGGCUAGUUUUUUCGAUCCUGAUCAAACUCAGCCUUUGACAAGCCAUGUGGUUACUCUUUAGUACCAACCACCCAAACUUUUGCUCGGAGCAACUCACUGUGGUGCUGCAGUAGAUUUAUGGAGUACAGGUUGCAUGCUUGCUGAACUAUAUGCAGGAUGCCCGGAAGAACAGUGGUGGAACAGUUGCAAAAAAUCUUCAAGAAUGUGGCUCGCCUUCCGAUGACUACUGGAGCAAAUCAAAUUUGCCUCGUGCUACAAUUUUCAAGCCUCAACAACCAUAUCGACGUGUUGUGGCCGAAACAUUUAAGGAGUUUCCCGAGCCAGCUUUAGCCCUUGUCAAAACACUUCUUUCUGACAUUCCCGAUGAUCGUGGAACCGCUGCCUCUGCCCUCCAGAGUGAGUUCGUCGCAUCUAAACCCUUUCCAUGUGACCCUUCAAGCUUGACUAAAUAUCCUCCCUGCAAAGAGCUCGAUGCAAGAAUGCGAGAUGAUGAGGAAGCUAGAAGGCAAGGGGCAGCAGGAAACAAGGACCAUAAACACCAAGAAAGAAGAGGAAUGAAGGAAUCUCAAGUUCCACCUCUCGAUGCCAAUGCAGAAUUAGCCGUGUCAACGCAGCUCGGAUAUGGAUCGACAGGCCACGAGAUUCACUAUUCAGGGCCAUUUGUGGUUCCUUCAGGCAACAUGGAACAGAUAUGCUGAGAAGCUGUAAGAAGGGCUCGGGUCGAUAAGGCCAGAGUCAGAAAGCUUCAGGCAGAUGAAACUAUCCUCUGACCAAUCCCUACUCACCUCGGACCGGUAGAAUUGUGGUUAAAGAUAAAGGUCGAAGCGGAAACCGGGUCGGUUUCUGGGAAAUUUUCAGAGAAGGGCUUGCAUUCUGAUGCAUCGAUAUGCAUUUGUUGAUUUAAGAUGGUGAUGAUAAAGAGAGUAACCAUUUUCCUU